AUGCUCUCUUUCACAGUCGCUGAAUACUUGGCUAAUUCAAUUGUUCCAUUAGAACCCUUCGAGUUGAGAAGCUAUACACUUCUUGUUGGAACCAUUGAUCACUCGCAAAUUAUUCCAAGUUUGCCUGAUUUUUUCAAUGAGACUCAAAAGAAACUUCUCUCCGACCCAAAAGUUGUCGAAAUUUUGAGAAGUAUGGAUGGUGAUACAAUUGUCACACUUUUUGAUUCUCUUCCGAGUGAAAAUAAUGAACUCGUAUGCUUUCCUGAUCGAUAUUCGGGAACUAAAAAUGUCAUUAUUGUUCCCGAUUUUUGGAUUUUGAGAAAUCGAAAAACUUGUUUGAUUUGUAGAGGAUCUCGAAAACGAGCUCAGAACAGCCGAAAUGGCAGUGAUCGAGUAAGUUUGAUAUUCAGAAGUCAGUACAAAAUCUAUUUUCUCAAUUAGCAAUCCGACGGGCCAGCAGACAGUGCCGAUUUCACACUUUUGUCUGAAGCCGAAGAACAGGACGAAGAUUCACGUUGUGAAUGUUCACGAUUGUCCGAUGAACCUGACCAACUUCCAGAGCCUGUUUUUGACAUUGAAGGACAUCAUCGAAGAAUCAAUGCUGAACGAAGAAGACGCAGAUUAUUGAACGAACACAGACCACCAAUCUCACGUCAGGUGAAUCAUUUUCUAUUUGAUUAACAGAAGCUUCAUUUUAAUAUUUCCAGCGAGCUGAAACGCCAGAAACUCCGGAAGGAUUGGAACAAGAAACUGAAUAUCUUCCAAGAGAAACAUUGAAACAAAUCAAACGAGAACUUGUGAGCCAAAACUUGUAUUUCGAAGCAAUUUAUCGCUGGCAAAAAACACCAGAAGAAUUGGAUGUAAGCGAGAUGAAACUGUGAUUUUGAAAAAAACAUUGAACUUUCAGGAAUUUGGUCAUGUCAGCAUUCAUCUUCGAAAAACUCUUACCAAAGUUUUUCAAGACGCAUUCAACACUAUUCCUGAUUAUGACGAAGGGUUCUACAUUGUUGAAGUGUUGAUUCCAUCGUAAGUUAACACAACUUUCUAAUAUUAAGAACAUUAAAACAAUAAAGUGUUUGUUUUUCAGAUACAACAAAUCAAAUCGUAAAUGUCAAAUCAACGUUCCAGUCAAGAUUAUCAAAGAGCAACAAGCUUAG